AUGGCUCCUUCUGGAAAGUCAGAAACCACAAGCAAUCCGGUUGAUCUCUUCAAGAAGAACGAUAUACUCAUGUUUUCACAGAAGCCCAUCAACUACAUCGAGUCUGUCAAGAAGGAUGGGUAUCAUCUUGCAAACAGUGUGUUGAUUACAUCUCCAAACAAACAAGGCCAAGAGGUUGGAACGCUUCUUCUAGAUACCGAGAGUUUCGAGGUUGAUCUCUCUAGCGGCGGCUACAAGCUUAUAAAUGGAUUCAUUGUGCAUUUCGACGAGAAGUCACUUCUACUGAUCUUCGAAAAAGUCCACCCAAAACCCGAGAUUGUGGUUUUUGGACUCGGCAAGAAGUCGAGGGUUCUUUCAGAAGAGAAUAAACGUUUCAUGAGUAAUCAGGGUAUUCAGUUGGAAAUCGGUGAUUCCAAGAAUGCUGCAAAGAUCUACGACUUGUUGGCAACUGAGAGACCUGGUGUGAUCGGUGCCCUUCUCCUACCACCUAAUGUUUAG